AUGAAAGCGCCGCGAUGGUUUAAAAACCUGUCGAUUGCAAUCGCCGUGUUGGCUCUGUUGUUAACCGUGCAAACGACGUAUUCUGAAAACCAUUCGGGCUCGGCUGGAGCAGCGGAGAAUGAGGAUUCGACCUUGUUAACAACGCCGUCACCGCCACCGUCUGCGCCACCUCGAUUGGAGGAGGUGUGGCGAGGUGGCGUGUGGGUUGCCUCGAUUCUGAAAACCAAAAGCGAGGAGAUUGACCCGCUGACGAAUAAACCAAAGGAACAGUCGUGUCCGUGCCCGGACGGGUGCACGAACUGCGCGUUCCAAGAUGGGAGUUUGUUUUUGAGCAACGAUAACACGGUGAGAACGUUAACGGCGUCGGAUACGCCGCCGAAAAUUUCGUUCGAUCCAGCGAACGGAAACAGCUCGUUCGCGUUCCAAUCGAAGGAAGGAACGACGAUCGAUUUGACGAGUUGUCCUCCCACGUCGUCGUUGGUAUGCUUCGCGUGUAACGAAGGGUUGGGCAUCACGCACACCGGGAGUGGCGUUGCGUGCAUUUACCACUACACGUGCUCUGAAGAUGGCAAUUGUCAAGAGACUUUAAAUCGAGAAGAGGCGUCUAAUUAUUGCGCGUUCGCGGCGAUUCUGUUUGUCGCUUUCUACAUCUGUUACGCGUGGAUGCGAAGGAUUCCGUUCGUUGUACAAAUCAUGGACCCGAUCGUGACGCUGGAUAGAUCGAAAACGGAGUACGAAAACGUCCCGAAAUUGCAACCUGCCAUCGAGGGGUAUUUCGGGUUCGGCUGGUUGUAUCAAGCGUUUAUUUCCUCGGAUACGUUCAUUCGAAGGUUUACGACUAUCGAUGAAUUCAUGGUAAUGCGAUGGUUUCGCAUGUGUGCGAAAUUUUUUGCCAUCUGCUCGAUUAUAAUUUGUCCAGCGUUGUGGGAGUUAUUCGCGAAGGAUCACUACGACGAGACGUCGGUGAGAGAAACGGCGAGUGUUUCGAAUGUAGCCAUCGAUCACACCGGGGCGGAUAUUAAAAUACACACGUUGGGCGCCGCGAAAAAAAUGGAAACGUUCGUCGUGGUAACAAUCAUGAUGUACAUAUUCUCGCUCGUUUUAGUGUUUAUGAUUGAGAAGGAGUCUGUUAAAUACGCGCUCAUGAUGUGGAAGUUAGAACCAAAAGAGGUUGGGAUCAAAAUGAACACGGUCACGAUUUUGAACAUCCCGAGGUACGCGACAACCACAAUCGAUUCCAUGAAUAUUAAAUCAACUCUGAACCAAGUCGCGAUUCAAAACUUGGAAGAGCAAAAGGAUGCGAUGAAAGAGAAGAAAGAUCUUCUCGUGGUUAAGCAAAGGAUGUUGAAAAUGAAAGCGAUGUUUAACGCGGUCGUUCCGUGGUGGAUGCGAGACUUUGGCUCGCCGGAGAUUGAAGAAAAGUACAGAGAAGACAUGGCGAAUGACGUGCAAAUGACGCACGACGUCUCGUUCGAUGAAAGCGAACGUAAAGAGAUGGCUAAUUUGCGCCUAUUAACGAGGAGAGAAAUCGAGCACAUGCUCAGGGUGAAAAUCGAAGCGAUCGUAGGUAAAGGUAACAUCAUGUUUGUCUGCGUGGCGCACGAUUUGCGUUUCGUGACGAAAAAAACGGAAAUGUGGAAAGAGGCGAGAGAAAACGCGAUUCAAGCGAACAGAAAAGUCGUUUUGAUUGAAUCGGAGAAAACAGAACACCCAGGGACGUGGAAACGGAACUUGAAAUCACGCGAGGCUCAUUUGCAGAGCGCGAAGAAACAUCGAGACGCGUGCGAAGCGGAGGAAGCUUCGAAGCUGAGAGCGUUGGACGCGGCAAAGGAAAAAAUUAUCAAUUCGCAAGCGCCACCGACGGGAGCAGUUGUCGUUCUCAAAUCGCAAGCGCUCGCUAUACUUAUCAGUAACGUACAAAUUGACGAGGAUUUUGGUAAGUGGGACACGAGACCGGCACCGGCGCCGCAAUCGAUCGUUUGGCACAACGUUGCCUCGCCGAACAAUAAACGAAGUUGGAAAACCAUGCGCACUCGUAUCGUCUCGAUUUUGUUUGCGUUAUUUUUCUUGGGCCCAGUGAACGUCAUAACUGCGGCCGUGAACGACCACAAAACUGAUAUCGUAAACUCAAUCGGCGGGACGUACGGCGAGACGUUUUAUUCCAUCGUAAUCUCGUUGAUUAUGUUGACUUUCCUCGUCAUCGCUCACAUCAUUUCGUUGCAUCUGUCGAGACAAACCGGGUAUAUUUCUUUGAACGAAAUGGACACGUUCGGGGCGACGACGUAUUUCUACGUCUUAAUCAUCAACUUAGUUCUCGGAAACAUGUCCAGUCGAUACGUUUGGGAGGACAUGUACGACUGGAUACAAGAGCCGCACUUGUUUGCGUACACGUUCAUGCGUCAAACGUUGGCGUGUUCGACGUUUUUCUUCAAAUUCGUUCUCUUGCGCUUGGCGCAAGCGACGACGUUUGAAUUGAUUCGGUUCCCGAAACUCUUUUCGUUUCUUGUGAACUAUACUUCAUACAGGAUGAAAGCGAAAGUUGAGCCACCGUAUUCGAAAAUAUUGGAGUGGGCGCGACCGGAGGAAACGCCGAUGCAUCGCAUACCGGGCGUCACGAUGUUGAUUUUCUUCAUCGGGUCGUUGUAUGCCGUCAUUGCGCCUAUACUUCUCCCGGCAUGUUGCGCGUUUUUCUUUAUUUUGUACAUCUUCUUCAAGCAUCAGUUAGUGUAUCACUACAAACAGUCGCACCCAGGUGAAGGUGACAUGUGGAGUUGGCUCGUCGGGAAAAUGUUCUUCACGUUGAUCUUCGUUCAGUUGGUGAUGAUUCUCGGUAUCCCUACCAUGGGGUACGAAUCCGGCACGUUUCGCAUAUUUUUACUUCCGUUACCGUUCAUUUCGUAUUUGCAAAUGACGAAAACAAACAGAAUCUUAAUGCAAGCAUUAAAAACGCCUCUGUAUGGUUUGAACGAUAAAUCGGACCGGGAAGAGAAACGCGCGGCGUUUUUAAACAAAGAGAAAAGUCGCAAGUCGAGAGCGGAGAGAGCGGAGGAAGCGGCGAGGGCGAGAUUAGCCGCCGCAAGCGUGCGUUUAGCGGAAGACAGAGGCGUAGACGUAGAAGAACUCGGCGACAUUGAUACUCCAGACGCUGAGUUUAAAGACGAGACGGAACCGCUGCGGCCUCGGGAGUACUUGGAACCGUCGUUAGAGAGCGAAGAUUCGAUAACCAGGGGCAUUCUCACCAACGCCAGCUUAGCGAAAUUCAAAAAAUUAGAGGAGACUUUAGAUACCGCGAACGCGGCCAACGAGCUCUUAGAGAGAAAAGAGUGGCGACAGUAUCAACCUAAAUCCGUGAUGCCGUUGAGUAAAGAACGUUCGGCGAUGAGUAUCAUUUUGAAACGGUGGAGAGAAAAUCACGCCAAGAGGAAAGAGAAGGAAACCGCCGGGAAGAACAAGAAGUGA